GUGACGUGCGCGAUAUGUGCAAUGUAACUGCGCGUCUCUAAUAUUAAUUAUUGUCUUAUUAUUGCCUACGGGCGUCGGCGAAAAUUUUACUGUUACCUUAAAUACAUUUUAUUACAGGACGUGAAAAUAUGAAUUGAUAAUUAACCGUGGUUUCCCAAGUUCAAAGUUUUGUUUACGACCUAACAAUAACGAUAUAUGAAUUGCAAAUUUGUGUCCCAACUUUGUUCUCACUUAUCAUCAUGUCUAUUCGUCGAAGAACUGAUCCAUUUAUGACACAGCGAAUAUGGGAUGCUAUCAAAAUAACUGUACAUCAAAGAAGUUUGCCAAGUAAUGAUCGUAUGGUUCGACACCUAUCUAGAGUUUAUGGAAUUACAGAACAAGAAGCACAGGAAGAAUUAAACAAAGCAGUUGACGAUGGACUUGUUUAUUUAAAAAGAGUACCAACAAAGAGUGGUAUAGAACAAGAAAGUUACAGAUUACCAGCGGAUACUGUAAGCAACGAUGAUCACGACUGGUAUUGUUGUAAAUGUCAAAAAGCAGGAGUAGUAGAAUGUUGUGAACAGUGUCAUAGGGUUUACCAUCCUGAAUGUCAUGUACCUAAUAAUAUUAAGCUGAAGAUGUGUCAUUUCUGUGAGAGUAUAAAUAACGACACAUACCAAGAUAAAAUUGAUCUUAAUCACAUUUUAAGCUUCACUUGUGGACAUCUGAAAGCAAAAUUACCUCCGGAAAUUACAAAUCGUACUAUUGUCUUUAAUCAUGAUCCUAUCGUUACUGCAAACAAUAAAUAUUCAGGCCCAACUUGGAUCAGUGAAGGUGAAGAUGCGUGGCGACCGAAUGUUCUCAUAAAACACCAUAUGGACUUGGCAAUAAUGGAUUCAAAAAUUAAAAAUAAUGAAUAUAAUAAUCUUGCUGAAUUUCGAGCAGAUGCACAUAAUAUUUUGCAUAAUAUUAUUAUAUAUCACGGAGCUCAUAGCAUAGUUGGAGAAAUGGGUCUAACAAUGUAUCAAGAUUGCUGCUACGAUCUUCAGGAAAUUCGUCGGUGUGCCGAUUGUUACAGAAUAUCAAACGAAAAAUCCGAGAAAAUGUGGUUUUGCAUACCGUGCAAUCCACCGCACCAGUUAGUUUAUGCAAAGCAAAAGGGAUACCCGUACUGGCCAGCUAAGGUGAUGCAAGUUAAUGGGAACAUUUACGAUGUCCGCUUUUUCGGAGGUCAUCAUAUGCGCGCCAACAUCGAAAAAGUGUUCAUUCGUCCAAUCACUUCCAGUCUACAAAGUUUACAGCCUUCGGAAAAAGGAAAGUGGAAAGAAAUGAAGAUAAAAAGAUCCACUGCUUGGAACAGAGCAUUUGAAGAACUGAAGCAUCAUCAAAAUUUGCUGCUAAAGUUGGGCAAGUACAUCAACGAUUUGGACAUCAACAACGAUAGCGAUGGUCCAAAACCGACCAAAAUUCGAAACAUUGAAUCACAUCCGAAGAAUUCUACGAAACAACUUCUUAAAGAUUUAAGAGUGAAAGUCGAACGUCUCAGUUCGGAUAGUCACAAUGAUAUACUACCAACUCAAGAAGCGACAGACAAUAAUGAACGAUCUACGAUUAAAGCUAAAAGCGAAGAACGUCAAGUACCUUGCUUACCCGUGGCAGAAGAUGAACCUGCAAGAGGGAUAUCUAGCACCUGUCCUCAAGGUUUGAAAAAAGAAGGUUCUCAAGAGGACAUGGUUACAUCUAGUUCUCAGGAACCAAGAACUAAAUGUGUUCUUGUACAAACAGAGCAAAUACAGACAGAAACGCUACCUGCAAAGAUAAAAAGGGAACGCAGGACAUCGGAACAACCAACUACAACAGCGGUAGAAAAACUACGUCGUGAAUUAGAGCUGGAAAAAUGUAAAGAAUUGGAAAAACUACAAGCUGAACAUGCUAAAGAAUUGCGACAAUUAACAGACAGACAUCAACAAAUUAUAUCAGAAAUAAAGAAGAAGCAAUGGUGUUACAAUUGCGAAGCUGAAGCAAUAUACCAUUGCUGUUGGAAUACUGCGUAUUGUAGCACUGAUUGCCAACAAGUUCAUUGGCAACGGGAACAUAAAAGAGUUUGCCGACGUAAACGGUAAUUAAUAAUGGAUGCAAUAAACAUAAUAAUUCAGUAAUGAGUCUGUAAGAAUACAAUUAAAACUAUUGUAUUUGUAAAAAAAAAAAUGAAAAAGAAAGAACAG